CUACUGUUUUGAAACAGUAGAGGAAAUGAACAAAGAGUUAACGAUUUGAUUUGUUUCUCACUCUAGUCAUCUGAAGUCCAGUUUAAGACUCUGAAAUUUUUAAGAAUGGUUGAGGAGGAUCUUACGAGAUUAGGGUUUCGAAUUUCACCUGGGAAUUCCAAAACAUGAAGAACAUCAUUAGAGUUCUUGAAUUCUAGGGUUUUAAUCUUCUACUGAAGAAUUCAAGUCUUAGAUUUUUUGAAAUCAUAAAGAAGAUUAAGAUGAAGAAGGGGACUAUUAGGGACUUUGAGUUGCAGAGAAAAAUGGAAGCCACAAGCCAAGUAGACUUGAUGGUGACAAGAGUUACAGGGGUCUAUAAUGGCUGUGGUAUCCCAAAUACCACAUUCACAGAUAUUACCUGAUGGACUGGAGAGGAAUAAAAUUCGAACUGCAUGCAGUUUGAAGGAUAAUUUACCCAAUUUUAAGAAACACCAAGUUGGUUUUUCAAGCCUUUCAUGUGUCGAACGAAUAAAAAGAGCUUCAAAUUUGAAUAUCACUGGAGCGAAACGAGGGUAUGGAGUAAUUGUUGCCGGAAAUGCCCCAACAGAGGAUGCAGUGGUUACAACUGAACCAUUGACCAAAGCCGACCUAGUAUCUUACCUUGAAUCUGGGUGCAAACCUAAAGAGCAAUGGAGGAUUGGCACGGAACAUGAGAAUUUUGGUUUUGAAUUUGGUACCCUAAAAUCUCCCAAAUAUGAACAAAUUCGUGAGUUACUAGAGAGAUUUUCUGCAAGAUUCGGUUGGGAUAAAGUAAUGGAAGGGGAUAUAAUUACAGGCCUUAAGCAGGGGAAGCAAAGCAUAACUUACGAGCCUGGUGGUCAGCUUGAGCUCAGUGGAGCACCUCUUGAAACACUCCACCAAACAAGUGCAGAGAUUAACACAUAUCUUUAUGAGGUUAAAGCUGUGGCAGAUGAAUUGGGUAUAGGAUUUGUGGGAUUAGGAUUUCAUCCAAAGUGGUCCGUGAAGGAUACACCAUUGAUGCCUAAGGAAAGGUUUGAUAUAAUCAGGAAAUUUGUGCCCAAAGUGGGUUCUAUUCCAUACAGACAUGAUGUCCUGCACCGGGCAAGUACAGUGCAGGUUAAUCUUGACUACAGUUCUGAGCUUGACAUGGUCAGGAAGUACCGUGCCAGCUUUGCCUUGCAACCUAUUGCAAUUGCCCUGUUUGCAAAUUCACCUUUUUGUGAGGGGAAACCAACUGGUUAUGUUAGUACAAGAAGCCAUGUUUGGACAGGAUAUGAUAAUGACCGGACUUACGUGCUUCCAUAUGCUUUUGAUGACUCCUUUGGGUUUGAGGGUUAUGUAAACUUUGCUCUUGAUGUCCCUAUGUAUUUUAUUUACCGGGAUAAGAAGCACAUCGACUGCUCUGGAAUGUCAUUCCGGGAUUUUAUGAACGGCAACCUUCCUGCAAUUCCUGGACAACUACCCACAUUCAAUGACUGGGAGACUCAUUUAGCAACCAUUUAUCCAGAGGUUAGGAUUAAAAAAUUCAUGGAGAUGAGAGGUGCAGAUGGAGCUCCUAAGACAAGAUUGUGUGCCUUACCUGCACUCUGGGUAUACCUUAUAAUCCUACAAGCACCUCUCUCUCUCUCUCUCUCUCUCUCUCUCUCUCUCUCUCUCUCUUAUUAA